AUGAGUACAAAGUAUGAAAGAUUUCGGUAUUACCUGGGUACCGCACAAAUAAACGUAUUGAACCUAUGCUAUAGUGCACCAACUACGGAUUUGGAUGACUGCGAGGGCUGUUUUAUAUCUGACUUCCAACAUAAUUUGCCGGCUCUUAUUGGGUUUUCCGAUUAUCAGGAUUGUUUGACUAGUGCAAACAUCACCACAGACACAUUAUACGCUGUCGGAAUGUCUCCGAAGCUUACUCUUCCAAAGGGCGUCGAGUUACUAUGCCUUCACGGACGGUUUCGGUUAGAGGCUGCAAAACGAGAGGGGUCGCAAAGUCAAGACGAUUGGUGGCUCGUUGAUCUUUACACUUCAGGUGACUGCAUAAUCUUCUUGUUACAUGUGGCUGCUAAAUAG